GAGACCAAGUUUGGAUAAAGGAGUGGAACAGUGUACCGUUGGGGCCAAAGUGGAGGGGUCCUUAUGCUGUUCUUUUGUCUACUCCAACAGCUAUAAAGGUGGCAGAGGUGACUCCGUGGAUUCAUCACUCCAGGGUUAAACCAGCAGCAGAUUCUUGCAAGCUACUCAAGAUCCUGAGAAUCCCUCCAAGAUCCGGUUGAAGCGAGUGACCCAGUUAGAUUAAAAGUGUUUUUUGCGAAGAGUAUUGUUACAAGGGAACAUCAACAAAGAUCUACAAGUAGGUGUUUUGACGGCCACAAUAAAGCCUGACCACCUACCAACGUUUAAGCCAGAGGAAUCCUCUGUGAAGAACAGUGAGGAUCAGAAGUACUCCAUUCCCUGCAGCCCUCACACGCCUGGAAGCUGAGGUGCCGUCGCACGGUCGAAGAAUUAGGAAGAAGAUGUCAGGAGUAAUGUGUUUGAUGAUGUAUAUAUGUGUGUUUUUAAUUAUUCAGGAAGGUAGAGGUACCGACACACCAGGCUGCGAGGUUUGCAUUAAGACUACGAAAACAGGCAAUCGUAUUUCCCAGACCCUUAUUUGGCAUUCGCAAUAUGAGUGCACAGGACAUGUAUCAAAGUGUAGAUACCUAGGUACAGAUUAUAGUGUAUGCCAUAUAGGAGCAGGAGAACCUAGGUGUUUUAAUCCUGAGUAUCAGCCCCGUACAAUUUGGUUGACUAUUCGGAAUGAGAACUCACGGGGAACCUGAUAAAUAAGACUGUACUAGAAAGUGUACAUUCUCCAGGUGUUUUGCUAUUUGAUGCAUGUAAGGCGAUAUCAGGUAGUAGGAAGCCAUGGAAUGUAUGUGGUGGUCUUAAAUGGGAAAGAACGUAUGGGUCUAAUGAUAAGUAUAUUUGUCCUAGUAAUAAGCAUAAGUAUAUAGAUCCAAACUGCCUAAAUAAAGACUACAAUUAUUGUCCGUAUUGGUCCUGUGUGGGAUGGGCAACCUGGGGACAGACAGUAGAUAAGGAUAUGAUUAUCACUAGAUUGCCUACCAAGCCAUACUAAUAUGGGAGACCAAUGGCCUUGGGAAUUAAAGGAGGUAAUGUAUUCUGGUUCUGAGACAGUUGAACAACUAAUAUCUUCUCAAUCUGAUUAUCAAGUGAGUGUUAGAGGUAAAUCUCAGUGGCGAUUAAAGACCUCCAUUAAAGGUUAUGUUUGUAUAGCAAGGAAAGGAAUAAUGUUUAAUACAUCUGUAGGAGAAUUGACUUGUUUAGGGCAGAAAGCCUAUAAUGACGAUACAAAGGAUACUAUUUGGUGGUCAGCUUCAAAUGUCUCAGAACCGUCUAAUCUGUUUGCAAAUUAUACCAAUUUAAAGGAUGUAUGGUUUGACCUAUCUGCUACAUCUAGUUGGAAAGCCCCAGCAAAUUUGUACUGGAUUUGUGGUAAGAAAGCAUAUUCGGAGUUACCACAGGACUGGGAAGGGGCAUGUGUAUUGGGUAUGCUCAAACCAUCCUUCUUCUUGUUGCCAAUUGAAACAGGAGAGACUUUGGGAGUUAAAGUAUAUGAUGUAAAUCAUAGGAAGAAAAGGGCACCCCUAGAGAUAGGUACCUGGGAAGAUGAUGAGUGGCCUCCCCAGCGUAUUAUAGAUUAUUAUGGGCCAGCUAUGUGGGCAGAGGAUGGUACUUAUGGAUACAGAACCCCAAUAUAUAUGCUUAAUCGUAUUAUAAGAUUGCAAGCAGUAGUUGAGAUAGUUACCAAUGAAACAUCACAAGCGCUCAAUCUCCUAGCGAAGCAUAACACUAGGAUGAGGACAGCCAUCUACCAGAAUAGAUUAGUUUUGGAUUACCUAUUGGCAGUAGAGGGAGUUGUAUGUGGGAAGUUUAAUCUAAGCAAUUGUUGUCUUCAAAUAGAUGAUGAAGGGCAAGCAAUAGCUGAGCUUACUAGCCAUAUGGUUAAGCUAGCACAUGUACCUACUCAGGUAUGGAAAGGGUAUAAUCCAAGUAGUUGGUUUGGUAGUUGGUAUGAGCAGUUUGGAGGAAUCAAGGCAUUGGUAGGUGGAGUCAUACUGAUUUUGAUGUUGUGUCUCCUUCUGCCAUGUCUGAUUCCUUUGGUAAUUAGAUCUAUGCAGAGCAUUAUAGAAAGUAUAGCAGAAAGAAAGGCCGCAGCACAGGUAAUGGCUGUUUGCAGGUAUGAAGCUCUAGAUCAAGGAGAAUACAUGCAGGAAGAGGAAUGUUGAGGGGUUCGUAUCUUUAGAGGAUUGCAAAGUCUAGUCUGGUUUAUGGCAACUUGAGGUGUAAGCAAACUAUGAUUAAUGAUGCAUCUGGAAUUAUUUUAAAUCAGAAGCAUCAAAGGGGGGAAUGUGAUGGAAUUCCAGUAAAAUACAAGUUUAGCAGGCCAAGAUUGCCACAAGGCAUAUGUAGGUACAUGUGUUUGUAGUAUCAGUUAGUUACACGUAGCUAAGAUACUGUCAUCACUGUACUGAGCAUGUGCAGGAAUGCAGGAACUGGAAUUACGCGUUCCUCUCCUUUGUUUCAGAUGAGCCACGUGGUUAGACCGGAUGGAUGAGUUUAGACUCUAUUAAUUGAUUAGGUUAAGGGUAUGUGUGGGCGUAGCUAAUGAUGGGAGGAGCUACAGUGCUAUAUAAGGAAUGUACUCUAUGUAUUCAGUACUCAGAUCUUUGCUAUUUUUGGUGACAUAAGUCCCUCUGAGUCCCGGUCGGUGAAUCGAAUAAAGAUCUCUUCCUUUCUGAAGAAACCUGUGUCCAUCUCUCUGUGCUUGGCCUCAGUCAGUUUCCCGGUAACAUGACUUCUUGAGUGGUAUGUAUGUGCAGUGUUUCAGUGCUUGAAACAUUGCAGAUACGGAGCUAGUUGCACCCCCACCACAUGCGACAUUGGCAGUCUAGAAUUCUGCCAGAGGCAAUUCUGUGCUUAUUUUACAUCUGUCUUUGGUGCGCACUGCAUGUUGACAGCAAACAUAAAAAUCUACCCUUACAGGUGCUCUGCUAGCUAACUCUUCCCUCCCUGUGGGCACUCCCUCCCACAGAGCAAGAAGUUGGAGAAAUCAUCCCUCCCUCCUCCUCUUUACUCCCCCCCCCAUUGUCCUGCAGCGCGCAAAUGCCCUCUCAAUGGCUUCUCUAUAAGAGGCCUGUGAUUUGACCGCCUAAGUGCUGGCUGACGUCACAGCAUGAUGUGGAAGAUCAAAGCCAGGAGCUUCGCAAUUACAGCAUGAUGUGGAAGAUCAAAGCCAGGAGCUUCGCAAUUUUUCCAGCUUUAAUGGGGGAGGGGAUUUUAUUGGUAUGCCCCCUAGUGAUACCGGUGAAACUGACGGAAGCAAAGCACAGAGAGAUGGACACAGGUUUCUUCAGGAAGGAAGAGAUUCUUUAGAACCCCAGACAGAAAUGGGAUACGGCUGUACAAUCUAUAGAGGGAACAUAUAAAGGAAAAAACACAAUAGUGUGAUACAGUAAAUACAGUGAAUAGUGCGCUUAAAUGGAUGCACUCACAAGAUGAUGAAGAUGAAAAAGCAUUCAUAGGGUGCCUCCCCAUAUAGCAUAGGGGGCUAGUGGUUUCCCCUAUCCGAUGUAAAGCGACCAAUGGAACACGGGACUCCAGGUAAGUAAUAGUAGAAAAGCAAUACUUUUAUUUUCUUAAAAGGUGAACAAGCACCAUAAGAAUAAAGGUUUAAAAGUGCAGCAAUAGGUCCAACGCGUUUCGUUCAAGACUAGAACUUCAUCAGGGACCGCACAGUAAAAAAAUCACAGACAAUAUCAUAGAUUCUAAAAUAACAUCCUACUUUCCCCUUAACAGAAUCUCUAUAUAUAGGGCUAGUCCCAAAGUCCCAUUGGUCCAUAGUGUAGGAGUAUCCAGUAGCCAGCCAAUCAUCUAUCCAGGGGUAUUGUCCUCCAGCUGAUAGUGUUUGGGUAGUUUAAAAAGGGCGCGUUCAAUGUAAAAGCCGAAGCCGGAAGUGGAUGUCUGCCUUCACUUCCGCGUUCCAUUUGCGUUCCAUAUGCGUUCCAAACACGCUCCAAGUGCGUUCCAAAUACAUUUACUGCUCUUUUUCAACUAGAACAGCGAGGAGCCAUCAAUAUAAGUGAUCAUCAAAAGGACAAAGCCCAAAAGUGUUAAAUGCAUUAAAUGUAAUUAAUCUCUAAAAGAAGAAAAGUGAAUUAGUGCAUGUAAUAUACAACAACCAUGUUAAGAUAGUUCAUAUGGAACUUCCCCACAUAUUAUAUAUAUGACAAUAUCAUACACCAUUAAAUAGUGCCAUGUAUGUCUAUUUAAAGUGACAAACAUCUCAUUAUUCAAAAAAUAAGAACACAAAUAAUAUAUUCCUAAACAAAGUACCCUCAAUAUCAAUAAUAAUCAUUUUAAACCAUAUAACCUGCAAGGUACACCUAACUAUAUAAUAUAAAGAUUUUUUAUUUUUAUUUUUUUAUUUUUUUUAAUUAUAUUUUAUUAUAUAAAUUAUGAAUUGUAUUGAUUAAAGACACUUCUUUUUCCCUAUAUUUAGACUGCCAGAGCUCCUCAUAUUCCCAAAGAUACUUAUGGAAUAAUUUACAUAAAGGAGAAGAAUAACCAAAAAAAUCAGUCCAAGAAACACACCAGAUCGAUCCCAAUAUUCAGGCCCCUAGGUUCAAGGGUCUUUAGUUUGUGUAUCCAAAAGGUUUCCCUUUGGGAUAACUUUUUGAUCCUAUCACCUCCCCGCCAGUAGGGAAGGACAUGUUCAAUACCCAUACACUUGAAAUCUCUAAAGGAGAAGGAAGGACAAUUACUGCAAUGGGCAGAGACUGAAUGAGUAACCAGUCCUUUACGUAUAUUAUUUAGGUGUUCCAAGAUCCUGACCUUCAGGAUACGUUUCUUCCUUUAUAUGUUCCCUCUAUAGAUUGUACAGCCGUAUCCCAUUUCUGUCUGGGGUUCUAUGCAAAGAGUAGUUUAACCUGUGAUUUAGCAUAACGUGCCAGAGCAAAGUUUUUCACAAUACUUUGGUUGUGAUAUACUCUGGGUGAACUCUACAGACCUUUUUAUAUUUUAAUUUGGGAAUUAUUUAUUAUGUAUAGUUAUCUGGCCAUAAAUAAAUUAAUCUUAGAACCAGAUUUAAGUUGUGACUGCCUACACUCACCCAUUCCCCAACUAACAUAUUUUAAUUGUUAGUUUUCUCUGUCGAUGUGAUCCUUAUAAGUCAUAUUCCCAAAUACAGUAGAGCAUUACGUAGAAUACAUUAUGUAAAUGUCCUGGAUUUCAUUCUGUGAAAUAUUAUAAGCCAUAAAACAUUCUUCAAUUUAUCUGAUUUCCCACCACUGCAGCUAUUUUACACUUUGGUUGUAAAUUCAGUAUUUAGUGAAUAAGGCCUUAUGUGCGCUUGGAUGUAUAAUUUGCCCCUCUUUCAUGGUAUGCGCUUCAGCUAUUGUCUGUGCAGAAUGAUGUGGCACUUGCCAUUCAAGGAAGGAUUUGCUGCACACGCUUUGCCUGUUUCUGCGCUGCUUGCUAAUUGUGUUUGGUAGUGGCUUUGAUAUCAUGCCAAUGAGAAUUUUUUCACAUAACUUCAGUGUGCUUAUAAAUGCCCACUGCUAAAGGUCUGCUGUGUGAGAGCAAUUCAAAUUGUCUGAAUACUGUUUGAGACCCAGUUGUGGAAAUUUCCUUUGUCCUGGAAAACAUGGUGGAUCAAAUGCCAGUGCAUAUUUCACUAAAUCUCAUUAUCUUGUGGUGGGUUUUACCAUUUUUAUUUUAUUUUUUAAGAAUUUAAAUUUGGCAGAAUCUUUCAUGCUUUUUCAUUUGUUAAAGUGAUGUAAACUUAACCAAUUUUUUUUUUUUUUUUUUUAAACAUUUAUCUCCCCUCCCCAAAUGUAUGAUCAAUUUUAACUCCUUUUAGUGAUCAGUUACAGUCUACUCUAUUACAAUAUAACAAUAUUUUUUAUUAUUUUUUUAAAUUAAUUAAAAAAAUUUUAAGACUCUACACAUUUUAAAUGUCCCGUCAAGUUAGUGAUAUUAAAGCUGUAUAAAGCUGGCAAACUAUAUUUUUCCAGUUCGAUCUCAAUCCAAGUAUACAAAGAGAACAGAAAUAUUGUGUUCUCUACUAAUCCGUACGGUACACAUUUACUCAGCAGUUUCUUAGUAGCACUGUGUGGCAAUAAAGUGUAAGCUUGUGUGCUAUCGUCAUGCACUAAUGUAUAUUCAGACUCCAGCAUUUACAGAUUGCAAUGCUGACUGUCCUGGUCUUUAAUGGGUUAAAUCUAGGUGAAGUUUAAUUAAGGCAUUGUGACACCGAGGUCCAUUUUAUCUUUCUUAUAACUUUUUUUUUUUUUUUUUCCUUCUCUCUUAUAGUUUCUCAUAGCCAGAUAACACGUCUGUAUAGUCGUUUCACCAGUCUUGAUAAAGGAGAAAAUGGGACAUUAAGGUAUGUUUUAAAACCAUUGUAUAAUCUAAUAGCCAAGUCUUUACUGUAAUACAUUUAAAAAAUUUUUUUUUUAAAAAUUCAGUUGAUAAUUAUUUUAAUCCUGCACACAUCAUGCUGCCACAUAUGAUCUAUGAUGUGUAUAAUUUAUUUUUGGGUUGGGUGGUAUCAAGAUUAAAUGAACAAUCCAAGCACCAUAACCACUACAUAACAUAUCGUGGUUAUGGUAUCAGGAGUCCUCUGACUCCUCCUUUCCAGUGUAAGUAGUCAAAACAUUUGACUACAACGACUUCUUAAAUGGGGUCGACGGGUACCAUUCCCUGCCUCACAGCAUUGUACAGAAAAGACAGAAGCUCCUGCUAGAGCAACCUUGGCAAAUGUGCUAAACCUGGGAUUAACUCAGAAAACUUCCUGCUCCCCUGGACACUGCAGAUAGGUAGCGAAUGGAGGUGGACCCCAGGUAAGAAAUCCCACCGUUCUAAAAUGGUUUGCCUACUUACAUUGGGGGUGCCAGGGCACUGCUGGUACUUUAACUAUGUAGUGGUUAUGGUGUUUAAAGUGUUUUCUGAAUCUGUUUUGUUAAAUUGAAUCUGGCGCUUAUAAAUCCUAACAAACAUACAGCAUGGCACACUGGGAAUCACAGAAUUUCCAAUGUGCAGGUUCACGCUUGGAAUGGGUUAUUGGGAGGGGGCAGCUGCUUUCCCAUAGCUCAUACCACCCUAAGAGGCUAUUGGCUUAGCUGUAAUAUCUAGAGUGGAUUAAAAAUAAAUAAAUAAGGCAUAACUCUUCAUCUAGACAUUUAUACAUUCUUUAAAGUGACAUCAAGUCUUGUUUGGCAUGACAGAAGCACUUAAAGGAACACUAUAGUCACCAGAACAAGUACUGAUUAAUGUAGUUGUUCUGACAAGUAUAGUCAGUCCCUGCACACGUUUUAAUCUAAAGACUGCCUUGUCAGGGAGAAGGCCGUGCUUACAUUGCUGCCUAGGAAUACCUCUAGUGACAGUCACUCAGGUGGCCACUAGAGGUGCUUCUUGGGUCAUGUGCAGCACUAACAUUCUGCCUCUCCAUGCCCUUCAUGGAGACGCUGAAUGCUCUUCAUAGAGAUGCAUUGAUAUAUGAUUAAGGAGACACUUAUUGGCGUCUUGCUGCGCAUGCGCAGUAGCCUCCCACUGCUUUACUGUGGGAAAGUAUUAGAAUGGCUGAGAUCAUCAAGUUUGAUCUCCGCUAAGGAGGUGGAGCAGAGGCAGAGCCAGCCGCGACAAGACCCACACAGCGCUGGAAGCAAGGUGGGUAAACCCGCCAUUUAAUUUUCUGACAAGAUGGCCGUCUCUGACACUGUUUGUGUGUUUUUUGGUUUUUUUUUUGUAGUAAAGAUUAGAGUAAAAGAUGUAGGCACACACAUUCACUGUAUUCAUUGAACAUUUAGCAGUUUUUCAAACCUGUAAGAGGCCAUUACAGACCAACCAAUACUGUCUUUUGCUUUCACUGGUUUCCAUGGUGAUUGCCUCACUUGUGGAACUCUGUCCCACUUUUCACAACUCAGAACACUGAAAAAUCUCCCCCAUUUUCCCCGUGUUAACCUUCUUCCUUUAUUGGACUGUGUUGUAUUUUAUUCAUGUUGUGUACUGUACAAUGUUUCUUAACUUUCGCAUUGUUUAAAAUUGAAGAAAGUAUGUAAGUCUGAUGGAAUUUUAAUUUAAUUAAGCUGGAUAAUUUCGGACGUAUUUCUUUAGUUAAAAAAUAUAUAUAUUACAAUAUCCCAGUGAGUAAUGCCAAUAGUGGUAGAUACUCUAACACCUUAGUGGGUUUUCCCUUUAAUCCCACAGCAAACAGUUCUCAAGCAAUAGGAUGUCCUCACAAUAUUCAGUGUAGAUAUAAAGUGCUUUAUUGAAAAGUGCACAAUAGAUAUAAAUAGAUAAAAAUAAAUAAACCUUACAAUUUCAAAGGUAAGUCCUUGGGUAAAGUCUUUUUAAGUGCAAAACUCAUUUUGUCUCAUUCAGAGGCUUCCUCAGUUGCUGGUGUCAAUAAAGCACUUUAUAGCUACACUGAAUAUUGUGAGGACAUCCUAUUGCUUGAGACCUCCUAUCAGUUCAAAGAAGGGAGUGGGUCCCUCUAAAACCCACCAAGCUGGAACCCUGAGCCUAAUAUAAUGGCUCUUUGUGAGUGUUGUUCCACCUACUACUUCACUUUACCAUUUAAAAUUGGCUAUAUUGCACUAUUUUAUUUGUCUGCUUAUGUUUUAACCCUAGGAAAAACGAUCCAGGAAUAUUUUAACUCCAAAAGACAGAUACUCCACCUUGUAGUGUAUGUAUAUUUCUGUUUACUGUGGGGUUAACCCACUAAGGUGUUAGAGUAUCUACCACUAUUGGCAUUACUCACUUGGAUAUUGUAAUACAUAUAUUUUUGACCUAAAGAAGUACGUCCAAAAUUAUCCAGCUUAAUUGAAUGAAAAUUCCAUCAGACUUACAUACUUUCUUCAAUUUUAAACAAUGCGAAAAUUAAGAAACAUUGUACAGUACACAACAUGAAUAAAAUACAACACAGUCCAAUAAAGGAAGAAGGUUAACACGGGGAAAAUGGGGGAGAUUUUUCAGUGUUCUGAGUUGUGAAAAGUGGGACAGAGUUCCACAAGUGAGGCAAUCACCAUGGAAACCAGUGAAAGCAAAAGACAGUAUUGGUUGGUCUGUAAUUGCCUCUUACAGGUUUGAAAAACUGCUAAAGGUUCAAUGAAUACAGUGAAUGUGUGUGCCUACAUCUUUUACUCUAAUCUUUACGACAUUAUCAAAACUGAAAAAACAAACCAAAAAAUAACACUUCGUGUCAGACGGCCCACUUGUCAGAAAACUAAAUGGCAGGUUUACCCACCUUGCUUCCAAGCUGGAAACCUGAGCCUAAUAUAGUGGCUCUUUGUUUGUGAGUGUUGUUCCACCUACUACUGCACUUUACCAUUUAAAAUUGGCUAUAUUGCACUAUUUUAUUUGUCUGCUUAUGUUUUAACCCUAGGAAAAAUGAUCCAGGAAUAUUUUAACUCCAAAAGACAGAUACUCUACCUUGUAUUGUAUGUGUACUUCUUUAGUUCGUUCUCCAGAGAGUCUCUGUGUUAAAUUUUCAAGGUCACCCAGUGUGUAUUUUAUUUUUUCAGUUGGUAGUCAACGUCCACAAAGCUCUGCUCGUAAAAUGUUCCAGAAGUGUUGUAUUUACUCAUAUGGUCGUUAAUUUGCCUUUCCUCCAGUUUCAGUCUUGUUUGUAGUUAAAUAUUAAAUAAUAUAACACCUUUUUAUAUGAUGAUCCUCUUCCCAUGUGAUCAACCAAAGUUUUGUUGGUAUGCCUUCUGACAUUAAAAAUGUGACAAUGGCAGUGGUAGGGCGCCUCAUUUUUCACAUAUCUCUGCGGAUAUUUUUUAAAAAGGGCCUCAGUCAGAACGUUAAUGGUUUGUAUGCUGUGCGCAUUGCGGAAGCACUCUUGAAGAUAUGCCCUGCCCUAGCAUCAUACUGUUCUGAGUUCAUUUUUUAUGACACACUGUGCUGUUUCAAGACUUUUCUGUGGGGGUCCCAAGCUGUGACUCUAACACCAAAUGUAGGAAUGAUCGAUGACAGAAGAAUCUGAAAUAAUGUAUAUAGAAAGAGAAUGCAUAUCUAUCGGGAUCUCUCCAAUGGACAGUUUUCUAGAGUAUGGCCAAAACCAACAUUCGAUUUGACAUGACCUCCUAGAAAUCUCACUUUUGAUGUGUGGUCCCAAUUCAUUGAGUGAAAGGAAUGGAAUUCCCAGCUGAAAUCGUGGAGAGAUCCCAGUAUUUCUGCUAGUAGUAGGUUGUGGUUAUUUAAAUAGACAGGGUAUAUCAAAUUGAAUUUGAGAAUGUUGAAUAUACUAGCAUUUAAUAGAUGAUGGGACUGAAAAGCGUUAAAAAUAAGAACAGUAAGGUUUGUUUUAUCUUGUGUUAGCCAGGGGCGAAUGUGAACUAUAUUGAAAUGUUGAUGGAAACUUCAAUGCCAGGGGUAGAGAGCUUAUGGGGUAGGGCUGAUUGAUGCAUAACUGACCACAAUUGAGGCUAACAAAGACGAGUUGCUUGACGUGGGAAAGAAAAGAUAAAACCUGUAGAUAGUCAAGUUAAAAAAAAACAAACAAAAAGAAACCAGACCGGCUUUUAAAUAGGGGAGGCACUUGGUGAUCUGAUCAAGAGAGGGAAACAGUACUGAUUGUCUCAUAGUAAAUAGAUAAGUCCAAAAGCUGUGAAGCCACCAACCUCUUGCAAAUAUUGUUUUUUCACACACAGUGUAAUAGUGUACUACAUUUAUUUCAAACCGAUACCGAGCACAUUUGUCAUUUGGGGGCAGUUUAGCCAGCCUCCUACAAAAUUUUUAAAGGAGGUGUAACUGGUAUUUCAUGAGUAGGAAGGGACUACUCUUUAACACGAGUAUUGUUCAUGUGUAUUUGUGUGUGUAUACCUUUUAAGGUGAUGGUGUUUGUUCUUGUUUAACUAACAUAGUUCCAAGAAGGAGGUGAGCUUAUAUUGGUCCUCAAAUGGUGUAGUCAUGUAAACAGUAGAUCGGCAUGGAUAAUAUUAUUGAAGAAUUAGUUCUCAAGCUAGUGCCAUAUAAUUUGAGUCCCUCUCAUCCGAUUUAAGUGCCUAUUUUACAUGACUGACUUUAUUUCACGUGUUAAUUAUUAACUUGGAAUACUUACAAGUAAUUACUCCACAGUACAACUUAAUUACAUUAUCAAACAUUCAGACGUGGAUACAAUGUGGAAAAAGAAAUUCUGUUAAUGUGUAGUAUGUUAUUUUAAAUAGUUGCCAGAGUACCAGAGCAUCUUUGUGUAAUUGUAAAAUUGAUGCAGAGAGAACCAUGCACCCACUCCCAGUUUUGUAGAUGGCCUAUAACUGCAAUGAUAUGUAAAAAUACCCUCCCCCCCCAGAGUUGUCAGUCAUGCAGCUGAAAUUCAGACUUCCUAGCUGCUUUAUUUGGCGCAGCCCUUCCAUAUCUUUUUGUUCCUAGCUGCCUGUGUCUAUUUUUCUCCAGGUUGUGCAAGCGAUUUCUUUUGUUUGGGGACAUUUAUUUUAUAUUGGUUUUACCUUAAACGCUUGUACUUCUAUUGAUUACACUAGAAUUUUAACUAAUUCAGGUUGAUUCCCCAGCUUGGCUUUGUCCCCUUACAUUUUGACAUUCAGCUUUCAGGUCUCUAUAAAUCAGUUCAGUUAAUAAACCCCUAAAUGUUGUAUGGGUUUUUUUGUUUUUUUUCCUACUACAACUCUUUGUAAUGCACACCCCAUAUAGUACUGCUUACAAAAUGAGAAUUAUUGCGUGAAGCUGUAUUGAUGCAUUAUUGUACAUUUAAUGCUUGGCAUGUCUUUGAUUAAUGCUGUAAAAUCUGUUUUACAUUGCUUAACGUUCUGCAAAGCAGCAUAUCUCUCUAUAUACAUGGAAAACCUUCUGGUGCCUGUUACUACCAUCAACUAACAUGUUCCUUUAAUAAUAAUGAUGGUGGGUGCCAGCAGCCAGUCUUGUACAGCAAUACAAAGUGAAGUGGGCCUGAGACCCAAUGAAUUAUGUUGCUAUAGGGGCCAUAACAAGAAAUACCUGACCAUUAAUUAUAUUGAGACAUCCCUCACUAAGCAAUCAGGUGCUUAGGUGGACAAUCAAAAUCAAACAAAUGUCCAUUGCAACGCCAUACUGCUUCAAUGAGUUAGAAACCUGUUUUUUAAUUAAUUUGUUGAUAAUUAAAGUGAACUGGAUUUACCAUAUAAAUUUGAAUAUUACUUGACAUUUCGGUGUGGAACUGGCCAUAUUGAUUUAGGCUGACUCAAAUAGAGAAGGUUCUUGCUGACGUAUGAUUUGUCUAUUAAAGACAGAUUGUUAACUCCAAAAUAUGUAGAUGACCAGUUCACUUUCAGGCAGAUAUAGAAAAUAUUCCUAUGUGUAUAUAUAAAGGAUGGUGAACUUUUCAGAAAAUCUUUACAUUUAUUUAUUUUUUAAAUCAUGACCGCUUCUGCCAAAUUAACUGCCGGGUAGACCACUUUGGACCUCCAGGUGUUGUGCACUACAUCUCCCAUAAGGCUCUUAGUUAUAAUGCUUUCAAAGAAUCAGGGAAGAUCUAAUCCACAAAGUCCACAACAUCUUGAGUACUGCAAUUUGCCUACCCUUGGCAUAGAGCAUACACUUUAUAUAAUUGCACAUGGCAAAUUUCCUAACCCACACCCCUCCUAUCUACCCAUACAACUGUUCCCUUGACGUAGAGGUAAAAAACUUUUUUGUUUUAGUGAUCGCUUGGUAUUCUAGUAUUCUGUGAUAAUGAAGGACUACAGACUCCAAACCGUUUGUUAUUCAAUCUUGAAGAAAGAAGAUGUAGGUUUUAUAUUGCUGGCUUACUUGGCAGUAUCUAUAUAUGAAAAAUGUAUCUACCUGCAGGGACAGUGUCCACUUGCUUUGCACUUUAUUUUUUUAUUUUUAUUUUUUGCAGUGCGUUUGGGAAUAUACAAUCGUAAAUGGAGAUUUUAACAGGAACAAUAAUGUUGUGAACAAGUGUAACAUAAAAUACUACACUCUUUAAAAAAAAAAAAAAGUAUAACUUGAAGAAUGAGCGUAAUGAGUCAGGGCAGGUCCUGAUAGGAGUUAUCGGAGGUUGGAGACUAACUGCACUGACUACACAAGGAUAAUUCGGAACUAAUAGUAUGUUAAAGCUUGAUGUUAAGCUAAGCUGGACUAAGGAAAGACAUAUGUAGCUUUAGAACCACUGGGUAUGCAUCACUAUGAGGAGGUAAAGGGGAAGAAGCAUAGAAAACUCUGCCACAGUAAUAAGAGUCACCAAAUGUAAGUGGGAUCUCCAGGAUUCAUCUGACACCACAGGUAUGCUACGGGAGACAGUCCACAGUUAUGGGGGUGCGUUGCCUUUAAUUGCCCUCUUGUAGAGCCAGGCGUCAUGUUGGAGCUUGUAAGCAGUGGAGGGUUUGCCCCGCACCAGUUUUAUAGGGGAAUGUGCUGUGUUAGAGGAUAAUACAGGCUAUGAACCUGUAGAGCCAGCCUGUAAUGAAAGAUUAACAUAUAAAGCAGGCUGCACACACCGACUAUAUGGUGGGUCACUUGCAUUUGGUACACCAGAAGUAUGCAAUGGGGUUAAUUGAGAGCACAGUAACAUCUGUCUCGUGAUAAAUGGUCGGCAUUGGUUAAACUGGUUAUGCUAACCGCUAGUACUGUCAUUAUAAAACAAUUGUUUAGGUUCUGGCAUAAAAAAGACAGGAGGUAUGAACAUAAAUACUAGUUUAGACGGUUAGUGUCUUCGUCUUAUAGGCUUAUGAGAGUCCCACAACGGUGAGCCAUCUGCUGCAGAAAUCAGUGUGGCCAACAGUGCCCAUCUUGAUGCUGCACAUGGGUAUUUGUCAGCGGUUAGCUGAUUCCCUUGCUGAUGCUCUGCAUGUUUCUUCCUGGCCGAUCUGCGAGGAUAUCAGAGCGAUGUGAUUGAGGGGAGACAUCCCUGCAGGCCUUCGCUAAAGUCGGCAUCUUUAGGCCACUGUCUCAGAGGCUCAGUAAGUCCCGGACCUUCUCCCUUCUGGGGGGAACAGGAGGCAGUUGGAUGGUUGGAAACCGCGAGGUUGGCCGCCCCUCAAGGCCUCGACUUCCAGGUAGGCCUCGGUCGUGUCACCGGUUCUGCAACCGCUAAAAUGUCGGUGCCAUUGUUGGCAGUGGUGGUCCCACUCUUAGUAAUGUAGUUCAGGCUUAGUGAAGACCGAUGUAAAUAUUGUAAAUAAGUUUUAAAUCAUCGAUGCUGCAUGGAGAUCCAACUGUGUGCGACCGUUCAGCUCAGCAGCCCGGCCCUGCCCUGUCAAUUCUUUCUUUAACCCCUUAAGGAUACAACAUGUGUGACAUGACAUGAUUCCCUUUUUAUUCCAGAAGUUUUGGUCCUUAAGGGGUUAAAGAGCGAUUCUAACACUUUAGAUGGACAGUUCAUUGCAUGAAUAACCAAAUAUCAAUCAAUACCCACAAAACGAAAAGAGUGCGAGUAAAAACAUUGUCAUAUUAAAGAUUUUAAAAUAAAUUGGACUGGCGACCUGGAAGACAUUCGGAAGAUUAAGUGGUACCCCUAAUCAGUUAAUUGACAUUAGCAUUUAAAAAGUAGAUAAAAACAAGAUGGUGAUUUAAUAUCAUCUUCACAUAAUAACAAACUAAAAUCUGUAAAUUAUGAACCCCCAGUAGUAGGGACUAGGUGUAGGGACAUAAAAGCUAGGUUGGAUAAAAUGAAGAGUUCCAAAAUGAGGUUCUAAUUCUGCAUUAUUCUACAAGAUAUUUUUAAACUGUGAAUCAAAAACAUUUCUUGUCUGGUUAAUCUUUUACAAAGAUCACCUCCUCUCCAGGGUAUGUGUACUAGUUGGAUCCUACAGAAUUCAAGUGUUUUGGGACCACCAUUGUGGACCUUCUUAAAGUGUUUGGACAGGGUGUGGUUCUGAAACUUUCUUUUUAUGUUUUAGGUAUGUUCUUAGUCUAAUUUUCAACAUACUUUUGUUUGACGCACAUUGACUUGUUCCUGCUCGGUAUAUGUCAGAUUUCAACUGGUGUAAGGCUUUAAUCUUUGAGAUUGAGUUAUCAAGGCUGAUUUAUUGCUCAGACUGGUCAGAGCUAAGAAGAAACACAUCCGGCCAUCUUUGCUGUCAGGUCCCGCCUGCUUUGCGCUUUUAUAUCCCUAAAAAUCUUAAUAUCUUUUUUGACGUGUUUCUAUUUACAUAGUUUGUCAGGUUGAUAUGUGUUUCUCAACGUCUAAUGUAGAAGUACCACUGCAGGGCUAAAAUAAAUUCCUAAGUACACCUGCCUUGAUAGUCAUUGCUAUUGGGACACUAUAGUCAACAGAACAACUCCAGCUUAAUCUAGUGAUUCUGGUGUCUAAAUCCUGUCCCUGCAGGCAUUUUAAUGUAAACACUGCAUUGUCAGAGAAAAGGCAGUGUUUACAUUACUGCCUAGGGACACCUGCAGGUUCAGUCACUGAGACGGGCACUAGAGGUGCUUCUUGGGUCAGUGCUGAACUUCCCCCAUAGAGAUGCAUGUCUAUAAGAAGACGCUGAUUGGCGCAGAGCUGCAUUUUGAUGCGCAAUAGCCUCUCAAUAGAAAAGCAUUGGAUUGGCUAAGAUAAAGUUUGAUCUUUGCUAAUGGGGUGGAGCUUUGUCGGGGCUAGCCGAGACCGGAGUUAAUCAUCUUAUUAACCGGAGGUAAGAGAGGGCCUUAACGGCUAAUUAGACCUAUAGACACAUUUGUACUCCUGUAACUGAAAAGAAAUAGCGCCUUAAUGUGGUGCAGAAUGUCCAGGAGCGGUUAUGUCCAAAGAUGGCUUAUGUGUAAACAGUUAUACUGAAUAUCUUUGGGCAUAACAGCUCCUGGACAUUCUGCACCACAUUAAGGCGCUAUUUCUUUUCAGUUACAUUUGUUUGGACAGGUAUUGGAUGAAUUCCUGUUUUUGUCCAGUAUUUUGAGCAACCCACUAUAAGUCAGACUCCCUCAAUUCUGUGUGUUGCACUAGGCAUACCUGAUUUUUACAUUUGUACUCCUGACACUUUAGUAUUCCUUUAAGACCAUCAAGCCUCCCUACCUUUUGGAGUGCUGAAGUAGAUUCUUUUCCUGGGGUCUGCAUUUCGGCCGAGUAGGCACCUGCCGUAGAGGUAAGCAGUUUUCUACUCUGCCUUAGCGCACAGCCGGCCACCUCCUGGGAGGGUAGUAAGAUGGCAAGCCAGACAGCUCUUUGUUAUGCACACCCCCAGGAGGGGGGGGGGUAGAUUAUAUUAAACCCACUGUGCUGUAUGAGUGAGUGCCCAUAAGUUUACAAUCUAAUCUCAUUCUAUGCUUGACUACAUUUUCCGAUUGUAUUGCUCCAGAAAUUGCAGCUUUGUAAACAGAAAGUGCAUAUCUACAAAGGUCUAAUCUAGCACAUUGAUUUCUACCACAUCAAGCAAGAAUAGUGUUAAUCUUUCUAUUGAAACUCACUCCUGGUUUUUACCAGUUGCAUGCCGCUCCCUUCAUACCUGCAUGCUUAUCUCACUGCCCUUUUUAUUAAACUAUUUAUCUAGUGCCUUGCAAAAUGUUAGGUUGUACUUUGUACCUGCUUAAAAAUGCCAUGGUAAGAUCUGUAAUAAGCAAAACGUAUUCUAUUACUUAUUUUAGAUGGAUUGUCAACUCUAAAAUGGCAAAUGGUGGGAAAAUGCCUUCACACACUUGAGGUUUUUAUUUGGGGUGGAAGGGGGGAUACAUGAGAAAAGUACAUUUCAUAGGCCAGUGCUUGCGUGUUUGACUAUGUUCUGUUACAGAAGGAUCCUGGUGGGCUUGCAAGCUGUUUCUGUAUGCUCUGUCUGCAUGGACAACUUUGGGGCUCCCAUGGACUACUGCAUAACUGUAUACAGUGCUGGGAAUAUAUAAUGGUGUUCCAAGACAGAAUAACAUGCUAGAUAAGGGGAGGCCUGAACCUUUCUGAAGCUGAGGCAGUCCUUAGUGUCAGUCUGGAAUAUAGAAAGUGGGCUCUUGGACCCAUACGAGAACAUUUAAUGGUUAUGUAACUACAUUGCAGAACUUUCUGUAUUUGGAAUCAAUGUUGAACAGUUUAUAGACUGUUUGUUUGUUUUGGGGGUUUUUUCUGUGUUUGCUCUUAAACCAGUGAUUGUAGUGAAUUGACAAGAACAUACUCCUUCUGUGGGAUGAGGAGGGAGACCGACAGAUGGAAAAUUGUGGCUUUUAGGUCAUUCUCCUACUUUGCUUCUUUAUUCUAGUUUAUUUAAGUUAUUUUGUACAAGUUCACUGUCCGUUCUCCACAAUUUCCAUUUGAGUGAAUAAACUCUGGGAUGUUCAGUUAUUUGAAAGGCUGUAUAGAUGGUGUUGGUUUCACAUGAUUACCAUGCUUUGUAUAUAGGAUGGCAUCAUGCACAUGGUAUCCAUUUUCUUUCUACAAGUCUUGUGAUGAACAUCUUCCUUGCUAUCUAUUUUUAAAUUUCUAAUUUCUGUCCUCGUUUCUGACUGCUGCCAAAGGUUGUGGAUUUUUUUUUUUUUUUUUACAACUUUGUUUUGUUUCAGCUAAUGCUCCUCAUUUACAUCCACACUCUCUUUAUAUCAGAAUUGGCUAUAUUUGUCCCCUUCUCCUUGGGUGUAUCUGGACUGCAAUCUUAAUGAUGUUCAAGCAGCUAUGGUUGACUUUUAGUGCCCUUUUAUUUAUUUUGUCAAACAUUCUUCAUUAUUGACACAUUUUUAGAGCACUACCCAAGUCCUCUGGAAUCUGGAUCAGAGGGGAAACAUUUAUAGCCUUACCGUAAUGGAUCUCUCCUCCACUGCAUUGAGCAACAGAUCUUAUAGCUCUUUCGGAACAAAUUACUGCUGUGUUUGGUUAUUAGCUCGACAAACCCCGUUUAGGAAUCCCAAGUUAAACCACAAAAAACAUUAACUUUGCGUUGCUCACAAUUUGAUCAACAGACCGGCUUAUGGAUUAGUUUUUUCUCGAUUUUUUUUAUUUGGUUACUAUGGCAACAUCAAAUCCCCAUCCUUUCAACAGCUAAAGGGUUAAAUAAGUAAGGAAGAGCUUUAUGUACAAAUAGAGUGGAAAUCACACUUUUUUUCAUUUAAAUUAAAAGAAUGUGCAUUUGAUCGAAUGUUGUUAACCCCUUGAAUACCAGUAAGUGACCUUGCAUGCACAACCCCAAAAACAAGUGAUUUGACCGUCACAUCAUUAGUUAAAGUAAUUGCAGUGACAAUUUGCAAAUACUUAUUUUUUAUUCCAUGAUUUCUCUAUCUAGUAUUUGUUUUGCUAAAAAGCCUCUCUAUUAAAAUGUCUUUUUUUAUUUCAUUGUAGUCGAGAAGACUUCCAGCGAAUACCAGAGCUGGCAAUCAAUCCUCUGGGUGAUCGAAUUAUCAAUGCAUUUUUUAUUGAAGGGUAAGAUUAUUAUUAUUAUUAUUAUUAUUAUUAUUAUUAUUAUUAUUAUUAUUAUUAUUACUUUUAGAAUUCUACCAUCUUAGUUCAUACGUGCUGUGAUUCCCAAGUACAUGGCCUGGGGAACGCAGUAGUUCUAGCUUGACGUUCAGGAUUUGAAUUGGCCUGGUUAGAUUUGAUCACAGGUCCUUUGUCCAGUAUGCAGGAGAACAUGGUGCACUGCUAGUUGGCCUGUAGAAAUAUAGUAAAUUCAAUUCAAAACCUUUUUUCUUUGUGAUCUGCUGCACAUGUUCAAGAGUACAAAAUUAAAUGUUCGUGACAUAUCCUGAGAGACUGUGUGGGAUCCUAUAUAGCGGCGUUUCCCAGUUGGUGUUCCACGGAACCCAGUUUAGGGAUUCGGCCCUGGUCGUGUGCCGCUGUUAAUUGAGGCGGGCGGCGAGGGAGCACUCUCCCCUGCUCAGCUCCCUCGGUCGCACCGUAGUGAUGCCGGAGCCGGAAUAUGACGGCACUCUGGCCUCUGCAUCACUAAGAGGUGCCCGAGGGAGCUGAGCAGGGAGAUCACUGCUCCCUCACUGCCAGCCUAUCGGCCCAGCAGCAUCACUGGACUACAGGGACUGCACACCAGUCGCCCAGCCCACUGAACCCCAGGGAAAUAGAGACUCUAUGCCAGCACUCCCAAAGGUAGGGAGGCUGGGUGGGGUGAAAAAAUUGUCUGUUAAGGAGUUUGUAUGUGUGUUUGUCAGUGCGAGUGCAUGUGUAUGUAUGUGUGCUUGUCAGUGAGCAUGUGUGUGUAUCCGAUGGGGUUUAUGUGAUGCUGCUUUUUGUAUUUACGUAAUUUUGAUGAAUAAAAUUUCAGCUUCAUAUUUUGUGAUUCCUUUCAGCAAUGCCUAGUGACAGAACACUGGCAAUCUUGUAAAUACCAGAGUAGUGACCGUUCCCAUUUAAACGUUUAUGAGGUCCAUUCUAAUAAUGUAGAAAACAGAACAUUAGAGUAAAGUUCUAACCACGGUGUAAUCACCAUGGAAACCACUGGAAUGUUGCUUUUUAUUCUGUUUGUUUCAAUGUUAAUUGCUUCUUAUUCAGAUGAUUGUAUUAAUGAAACUGUCAUAAACCCCUCCCCUCUUUGUGUGCACAUCACAUCAUCUUCCUUCUAUAAAUGUUUAUCUCCCAUUUCUCCAGAGAGGACCAGGUAAAUUUCCGUGGGUUUAUGAGAACGCUGGCUCAUUUCCGGCCAAUAGAAGAUAAUGAAAAGUCCAAAGAUGUGAGCAGUCCUGAACCUCUGAACAGUCGAAACAACAAAUUGCUGUGUAAGGAUCAUGUUAUUUCUAAGCCUUUCCAUGCCAUCUAGCAGUCUUGUUUCUGACAUCAAACAUUUAGACCUAAUUUAUUUACACCUCGCUAACUACUUACUCUAAAGAGCAUGGAAUUUCAUCUAUACAUUGUGCUAGCAGUUUUACUAGAAAAUGCGUAGAUUGGGAAGGGGGGAAAAACGGCCUAAUAAACAUAUAUUUAAAAAUAGACGCUAUUCCAGAGAAAUGAUUUACAGGGAUAGCAGAAGGGACCUCCCACAAGAGGUCUGCUUUUCACCUGUGGUUGCUGUGGUAACUCCCUAGCUAUCGUUGGCUAACGAGGAUAAGAGCAGAGUGACGUCCGUUCAUACUAGGGAUUAUUUAUUUUUUUAGAGCCGAUACCAAUAUUAUGUACAUUUACCAUUUUGAAAAAAUAAAAAUAAAAUAAACUAUUUCUACAAAAAUCUACUGUUAACUGAACAUGUUUAUUAUUAUAUUUGUUUUAUUAAGGUAAAUGCACAAAAUAUACAUGCCAGUCAGAAUUUUUUGUUUUCAAGAAAGUGUGUGUGUGUGUGUGUGUGUGUGUGUGUAGUGGAUGCAGUGAGAGUAUUUGAUUAGUGAAUGCAGUGUGUUUGUGUAAUGUGUAUAUAAUGAAUGUUAGAGUGUGUGUGUGUGUUUUAGUCCCCCCUCCCUGCUUCUUACCUGGCCAGGUAGGGAGGAUAUGGCAUUACCUGGGGGCCCAGCCCUCUCUUGCUUACCUUCAAGGCAGCUUCCCUGUCUAACUCUUGCAGCCUGCGUGCUGCGCGGAGCGUUGCCCUGGUAACCUGUGGCACCGCUCUGAUGGCCGCGGGACUUGCGAGAUUUAGACAGGGGAGCUGCUGGGCCCCCCAGAACUCUGAUGGUGGCCCUGGUCUGCAAUAUCGGUAUCUUUAUUGGCCAAUACCGAUAUUGCUGAAAAUACAGAAUAUUGGCCAGAGUGUUAAUCGGUCGAUCCCUAGUUCAUACGCUGGCAAUGAAGCCGGUGUGUCUGUGUCAUGGAGGAGAUUUGCGCUGCUUGGGGAACAUUCCCAGAGCAGGACAAACCAAUGAGGAGUGAUGGCGGACUGGAGGUGGGUGUUACAGAAAUAUUGUGGUGGAGGAACUGGUCAGGUAGGUGCCUGACUGGUUCCCUUUAAAUACCUUGUCUUGUGGGGUUUUGUACCAACCACCAACCUUUUGUGAUCCAUCUACUGUUUGGCCGAUCUUUUGUAAGUAUAACUUUUCUUCCUCUCCGUUUCAGUUGCUUUUCGACUAUAUGACCUAGACAAAGAUGACAGGAUCUCCAGAGAUGAGCUUUUGCAGGUACAUUGUCAUGUAUUAGUGGCUGCGUAUAAACACUUGAACAUUAGUGUAUUUACAGUUGCCAUAGUAACCCUAAUAUUGGUAUUGCGCAAAAUGUAAUUAACUGUUUUUCUUCUUCCACUUCUUCUAUAAGGUCCUGCGCAUGAUGGUGGGAGUGAAUAUAUCGGAUGAUCAGUUAGGAAGCAUUGCUGAUCGUACUAUUCAGGAAGCUGAUCAAGAUGGAGACGCCGCUAUUUCAUUUUCAGAAUUUGUCAAGGUCUGGUAACUCUGUGUAUUUAGUUUUGAAUAUAGCUUCAAUUAAUUGGGUUAAAAACUACUAAUGUAAAUCUAUCUUUAUAUUUAUUUGGGGGAGGUCUAUUAAAGAGACACUGCAGGCUGGAGCUGACCCAUCAAUUUAAAUUGGUUUGCAUUCUAUAAAUAAUGUAUUAUAAAUAUGAGAAAUGUACUCCUGUUUGAAGUUUGCAGUUUCUAGUCUCCUCCAAUGUGACAGUGACCACAAAACAGGAAGUUCCAAUCAUAAUGUUCAUUUAUUUUAAUUGAACUACUGAGCUUAUCCCAAAAUCACAAAUCGCUAAUAAUUACACUAGAAAGUAUCUUGGCUCAUUAUUCUGGUCUCUGGUGUCUGAACUCUCAACUAUUUAACGCAGGAGUUAAAAUGCAGAUAUUAUAUCCAAAAAGAGUCUUGAGUUCAAGGUGAAAAGCAGUUUUAUUGGCUCAUCGCGUACAGAACUCUGUGUGUGUGUUGAUCCAAUAAAACUGCUUUGCACCUUGAACCCAGUUACUGCCUGAAGCCUCCUUUUGGAUGUAUUAUAUGCGAGAGAUUUGCGGUUCCUUCAUCUUAGCACCCCCUGGCUCCUGGAAUGAGGGCAGUCCUUUUCUUGUGAUAAAAUGCAGAUUUGUCUCUAGCUGUUUAAUAUGGCACUUUGCAGAGAUUAGAUAUGCGACAGGCACUGUGAUAUACACUGGGAACUCACACUGUGAAUAUCUGUCAUCAUACUGUGUAGGAGUAGGUCUGCCUCUGGUAUGCUCAUAGGAAGGGUCUCUGUGACUUGUGUGUCGUCUGACAUGAUCAUUUCUUAUUUUUCAGGUAUUGGAGAAAGUUGACGUCGAACAGAAAAUGAGCAUUCGAUUCUUACACUAAUCUCGAAGACUGGACAUCAUGCUGUAAAAACAGAGAGUUUUCUCAAACUUUGCACAGUCCGAUCCUAUAAUGUUUUGUGACCUUACUUACAGAAAACUCUAGUUCAUUAGACAGUGCGAAAAUCACGUAAUUUGACAAAGAAAGACGUGCUGCUUAUUUAAUCAUUAAAAAAAAAAAAAAGUAUAGGGUCUCACUCAAAUUAAUUAUUAUACUUUGCAAACUUGUUGUUUUUAUCCUAAGAUACCCAAUUUGAAAAUUUCUGUGAUUUAUACCAUGCUGGUAAGUGGGAGAAAAUCAUAGGGGGUCACUUUUUCCAGAAGGUUGAGAAUCAAGAGUCGUACCUGAUUUUUGAUGGUGAGCGGGGAGGGGGGUAGUAUUUUAUAAUGUGUGUUCUGUUCUAAAAGGUUGUGCAAAAAAUGUUAAGCAAUAGGAGUCACCAAAGAAAUGUGCCUGUUGCUUCCGCAGGUUUCAUGGUGAUUGCCCUCCUUAUCGUAUUUUAGACCAAUUUUUAGAACCAAACACUUUUCUAAAUCUCUGGGGUGGACAUGCUUAAUGAUAUAGCUGGUGGGGUCAAAAUAUAAUCUCUGCUUUCUAUAUCAUUGUAUCGAGACCUCUGUCACCCCGUUUUUGCCACUCCAAGACCAGAUGGUAAAUUGUGUUUUAACUAAACCUCUAAGGAGGUACUGAUGUUUUGGACAGAUUAAUAUUUUAAUGUAAUGUAACUAUAAAAUAAUGUAAGAUAUUGCUAAAAUAAAGAUGUAUGCAUCCUAUUUCUCGAACUGUAUACCAAUUCCCAAAUCCAGUGAGUUAUCCAAGCGUUUAAGUGGAUUGCCUUUGUAUUUUGGGUUGCACAUUGUGUGUGUGUGUGUGUGUGUGUGUGUUUAUGGUUUGUUUCUCUUACAUAAAAUUGCUUAGCACAGAGUUCUAUUGCUGCCUUAAAAUAUCAGCUAUACUUGAAUGUGUGUUAAAAGCCUGAUGAGAAAUUCAAAGACAUUUUGUAAAAUGUAUGAAAUCUGCAUAUUUUUACUCGUAUUCUUCUAGAAUUUUUUUUUCUUGUAGCAGACUGGAGAGCUGCCAUUAAUUGUAUUCUUACCUGUGUUUUCCAGUCGUGAAAUGUUGUUUGAAUUCCAGCUCCAUUUUUGAUUUGUGUUCAGGUUUAGUGUUUUCAGCCAAUCAGAAUACAAGGUCAGGUUAUAUUCUCCCAGGUCACACUGCAAAUUGCUUGUGGUCUGUAAAAUACAGAACAUCUCUCAACACUAAAGGGUAAAAAUUAUUUUUACAUAAAUAUGCAUACAUCUGUGUGCGGUGUGUGAUAUAACAUCCAUUUAUGUUAAGGACCUAGCUUACACUUGGUUUAUUGAGCCAUAUUUAAGUCCUCUUUGAUCAGAAGCACCACUUAUCAUACCAAAGACAUUGCUCACUGAUUGGUCAAUACCAGCUUAGUAUGAGUCUUUAAGAUCCCCAGCUUUUAACACAAUACCAAAAUUGGAUAAGUGGUGCUUAUGACGAGGCUUCAAGAUGGUUGCCCUCACGGACUAAGGGUCCGCCAAGAGAUGUUUUGAAAAGUGUAAUUUACUUACAUAAUUAUUACAAUUAUUAUUGUAAUGCAACAUGUAUUACACAUAAACGCUUAUUUGGAAUAAUAAUUCAAACUGAUGUCAGUUUUACUUUAAUAUUCAUACUAAUAAAACAUUUAUUUGUUUUAUGUGCAGAACUGGUAUGACCAUUUUGAGUAUUGUAUUAACUGCUUUCUCUCCAAUUUAGAUUGCAAUAUGUAUGGUGAAUUAUAUAUUUAUUAGAUCUAGAUGAGUGUACAAUCCUAAAUAAUUUCAAAGCGGAUUCUUGACAUAAUCCAUUAGGCAAACUUAUGUUUAGUGUGGAUUCUCCAAUUUAACAAAUUUAACCCCUUAUGGACUGAGGCAGUUGUACAAGUUUAGAUCAAAACAAAACCUUGAAUUUGUCAAUCGUACUUCACCUCUUUCAUAUUAAAUGCACCCACACUUGUAUAUCAUUUUGUUCAGGAGAAACGGGGCUUUCAUUUAACAUCAAAUCUGUAUAUAUUAAAUAUAAUUUAAUAUCAAUAAAAUUAUAAAUAAAUGUGAGAUUAAUUUUUUUUUGUUCUGC